AUGGUAUUACUUGUAGACUUUUGUAUUUAAUGGUGUUUUAGGUAUUAAAGCUUUUGGGUUUUAGAUUAUUUUGUCUGGGAAGAAAUGUUGGGAAGUUACGAAAUUUUUUUCAAAAUUUUGGAUGAACAUCGGGAUCUUGACUUAUGUUGAAAAUAAUUUUUGUUAUGUUUUGCAUUGCGUUAUCGUUGUGUGUAAUUUGAUGUUUUGUACAAUUUUUGCCAGCUAUAAAUAUUUAUAAUUUGUUUUAGCGUAGCUUCAGUUCGAUAAUGGGAGACGACAUUCCUACCUUCAAGUUGGUUCUCGUUGGAGAUGGUGGUACCGGCAAAACUACUUUCGUGAAACGCCACUUGACCGGAGAGUUCGAGAAGAAGUAUAUUGGUAAGAUUUUGUUGUUUUCUUUGAUUUUUAGGUCUUAUUUCUUUGUAACUAUAAGGGUAAUAUAGGUAUAUGGUGUUAUAUAAAUCAAGGAAGUGUAAAAAUGUUGUAUUUUACUUUAGGUUUUAUUUUUUUAUCUGGUCAUAUUUUAUCUUAUUUUGUACAGCUUUUUGCUAUUUUUCUUGUAUUUACUGUGUUCUUUGUCUGUUUGAUGUUAUAUGUGAUGUUUACUUACUAAUUAUUCUUUUUUUAGCUACACUUGGAGUAGAAGUACAUCCACUGACCUUCCACACAACUAGAGGUCAGAUUAGGUUUAAUGUGUGGGACACAGCUGGGCAAGAGAAGUUUGGUGGUUUGAGAGAUGGAUACUACAUUCAGGGAAAUUGUGCCAUCGUUAUGUUUGACGUUACAGCUCGUGUCACUUACAAGAACGUUCCAAAUUGGCAUAGGGAUCUUGUUCGAGUGUGCGAGAAUAUUCCAAUGGUUUUGGUCGGAAAUAAAGUAGAUGUCAAAGACCGUAAGGUGAAAGCCAAGAGCAUCACAUUCCACAGAAAAAAGAACCUCCAGGUAUGUUUUAUUCAUGUUAAGUUUGGUAUAUUAUGAUUUUUAGUUAUGAGGACCUUUUUUGUUGCUGAAAGUCAAUUUAAAUUAAAGUUUUGCUUAAUUUUUGCUAGUUUAAAUAAUGUUUAAUGAUUUUUUAGUACUACGACAUCUCUGCCAAAUCAAAUUACAACUUUGAGAAACCUUUCCUCUACUUGGCCAGAAAGCUCGUCGGAGAUCCAAACCUUGAGUUCGUCGCUAUGCCUGCCUUGGCCCCACCAGAGAUCCAAAUGGACCCAGCCAUGGUCAAACAGUACGAGAAGGAAGUGGAGGACGCCGCUAACGCUGAACUUCCGGAUGACGACGACGAUCUGUAG